CGCCGCUUGUUCUUAUCGACUUCUAGCUGGCAGACACACUAUAUUCCUAUUCUAAUUGAACGUCAUGUGGGACGACUCGAUUCUAAUCUAUUCACGCAGUAGCCACUAGUCUAGGCCAAACGACUAGUUCCGUUCGGUUUCACCAAGUCCCGGUUCACCUCAGCAUUAAUCCCUGUUGGGGGCAUUGAUGUUCUGACUGCUUAAAUCGAUUGUGCCCAAUUCAGUCCAUCAAAAUAUGUCUAGGGAAACUGUUACAUUAUCCCUCACAAUGGAUAAACCUCCAGCCUCCUUGGAUGCCGGCCUGGAAGAGCAGCACAUUGUCAAAGCGGACGAGGUCGAUCAGACGGGAACGGACAUCAGCACUGUUUCGGAUGACCAGCUCUUGGAAGAGGUUGCUGAAGGGCUGCGACAGGAACAGCAGGAGCAGCAGCAGCAGCAGCAGCAGCAGCAGCAGGAAGCAACUGGCCCCACGACUGCUGGUAUUGACAAAGCUCCGAGGGUGACUGCCGCGGAGAAGGGGCCGCGACGCCCAGAGCUGCGCCGGGACUCUUCCGCCCCGCCGCCUCCUCGCCAGCCUCCGCCGCCUGCUCCCGUCCAGCAGAAUCAGGAUGCUCCACCGCCCGACUCGCUGAGUCUGGCCCAACUGAGACAGCUGGUUCAGGAAAUGCCCAAGAUUGAGCAACCUGCCUACGCCUUUGAGUAUGCCGACUCUCAGCCAUUUGUAGACGAGAUUGAAGAGUGGUUCCAGUACAGUGAAUACGACCGGGCCAUGCUGGUGGGGAUGAAGUGGUCCUUUGAGCAUAAAUGGCACACUUUCUGCGAGGAUCGAUCGGUAGAUGCUUCGCAGCAGAAUUGGCUUGACGCCCCUCGAGACCUGCAGAAAGCGUUCUUGGGCCAUAUCAUCGAGGGCUUAAGUGAAAGCACGGGCCUGGUUCGCUUUGAGGCAUCCGAAGCUCUUUGCUAUAUUAUCACAGGGCUCUGGGGCGCCACCGCUGGCGAGGCUGUGCCUGACUACCCGCGAGGUGUCUCCCACCCAGGAGCCGAAAUCCCUCAGGACAAAUCUCUACAGGUCAAAUGGAUCGAGCAUAGUGUUCACCUAUUCCACGAAUGCAACGGCCUUCAGGCUCUACUGAACUGCUUGUGUCGGGUUUUUGAGAGACACCGAAGCUCGUCUUCCCAAGGACAGGAGGGUGCCGGUCCGGACGCCGCCAAUUCCGCGUACAUGGAACGCGAGGCCAACCUGCUACUGACGCCAUUAUACUUCAUUGUAGAAGUCGGACGGAGACAGGAAGUUUUGGACCCGGAAAAUGCAUCGCUGCGGGAGACUCUCAUGCGGCUGGAGCCGAAUCUGCUGGUAUUCUUGGUGGAAAUUAUCGCGAGGUUGCGCUGGGACGAGUCGGCCAAUAUUCCUCUGACUAGGAUCAUCCUUCUGUUCUGGAAGACAUUACUCCUCUUCUUCGGGGGCAGCAGCAAGUUGAAGGAGGCGAAGAGAGUAUUAGAGCCCGCCUUCGAGGCAAGAGAGAACGCUUCACCACGCAGAACUCCUUUCCUGACUGCCUCGCCCCUCGAUUAUCACAACUUCAGACAAGAGAUCACCUCAAAAUAUCCUGCUUACAACCCGCCUCCACCCGCGGUGCCCCUGGAGCUGGAAAACAACUCGAUUUUGCCACCGCUCCCUCAACAUCCGAGCCGAAUCAACACGUCAAACGGUCCAUUUUCGGGUGUGGGACCCUCUGUAGCGGGUGGUAGUGGCUCCAUCAUCCAUCAGUCUGUUCACAUUGCAACGCCGGCACCUUCUCCGCCGCCUUCUCCGAUCGGGCCUGGUGGUAAAGCAGGAAAAAAGCAGAAUUACCAGACGAAUCAGAAUUUCCCCUUCAUGUACCCACCUCUUGACAAUGCAAGUAACGACCUCGGUGGAAAGGGGACAACGGAGCUGCAAGACUUUCUUGUUGGCAAGAAGUGGGAGGGGAGUGAUGUCCCUGCAUCUAUCAUCGAGGCUGGGAAGUUGUUUUCAACCCACGUCAAGAUGACCAGGGCAAUGCAGCAACUGUGGGAAGAGAGAGAGCGUUUCAUGAAAUACGACCGCGGCUGGAGCUCAAAUGAGACUUUUCUGACAGCUAUGGAGUUCGAGACGGGCGAAUUAGCAGACGAGAUGCGGAAACUGGGAAUAGAUGCAAGAGAGAGGUCGAGCAUUGACCAGCCUCUGGAGAAAGAAACAGAGAACCAAGACAUUCAACAACGCUUGGAUGCCGUUGAAUCAUUUUAUAGACAAGCACUGGUGCAUUUGCAGUCGAUCACAAUCGUCUUUCUCAAGGUCAUUUUAACGAACGUCAGUGCUAUGGUCAACCAGGCCAACGGACAAAAUGGGCAAGGGAUGGGGGACAACUACGGUCCAGCGAAUGGAUAUCCAUCCGCCUUGGGUCAUGGCCCUGGAGAGAGGAGCAUUGAAGCAGCCAUUGACGAGUUGGACAAUGUACGACUCCGAGAAAUAACGUCCAAAGCGAUAUCGGGCUCUUUUUUGCUCCUGCUCAAGUGGUUCAAGCGGUCACAUAUACUCAAGUUUGAGUACAUGACGCAAUUACUUCUUGACUCCAAUUAUCUACCGCUGAUCCUCAAGAUGUUCGCUCAUCAAGACGUCGAUCAGGCCGUUGCGCAGAAGAAUGACCGCGAGGAGCUGGGCUUCUUUCAUUUCUGCCACCUCAAGUCCGACCAUCCGCCAGCCGAACUAGACGACGAAUCUUUACCCAGCGAGGACGAAGCCAUCCCUCCGCCCAUCACGCGCCAACGCCAGGACACAACCGGCCACUCUUCAGUCCGAGGCCCGUCUCCCGAAUCCCUGCUGCCAGAGUUUGUAGAAGGACCACACCGACCCGAAGUGGACGAGCUCGGAUACCCGAUCGCACCGCCCCCUAAGGAGCCCAUCACCGAGUUCUCCUUCCGCAACUUCUUCUCCGCCAUCAACUACCUCCACAUCAUGCAGAAGAUCACGCGCGACAAGGCCCACCGCUGCCUCCUGCUGGUGCAGUACAAGUCGAGUACUAUCCUUCGGAAGGGGCUCAAGAUCCCGGAUCCGCAUCUGCGCUUCUACACGCUCAAGCUCUUCAAGUCGCAGGUCCCGUUCUGCGGGCGCAAGUGGCGGCAGAGCAAUAUGCGCGUCAUCACCGCCAUCUACUUGUAUUGUCGCCCGGAGCUACGCGAUGACUGGCUCUCGGGAGCAGACAUCGACUCAGAAGUCGAAGAGGCGUUGCCGCUAGAGCAGGCACUGCGCGGCCUCACUCACUGGUGGCAUCUCCGACGGUACAAAGACGUGAUGGGCGGGGAUGAGGGCGCGUCUCUCAUGGAGGAAGAGCGGGACUUUUUCACCAGAGAGCUCGAGGCGAUGGGAUGGGGGAUGGCUGGCGAGGAGAGUUUCCAUGGCAGUAGCGAGGAAGCCGAGUUGGCAGCGGCGGCGGCGGCAGCAGCAGCAGGCGGUGGGCCAAUGGUGAACGGGACGGAGUGGGAUGGAGCUCCGCUGCAGAUGGAAAGUGGGUGGUAACGAUACUACGAUACUACUACACUUACCUAGUACCCACCCAGUAUAGAGCUAUGUUGUGCUCAAGCAUACCAUACUAGCGGAGAUCUGACUGCAUAGUAGUUG